UACACCGACUGUACACAAAAAAGUGGCCGUGUAUGUCGAAUAGAGUAACGCCAGACGGCACUGAAAACGAAAUCCUGAUGGCGGAGCGAAGUAAGCCAAACUACCAGACAGAUACGCCGAUUGGAGGUGGUGAAUCUGAUUUUAUAAUUUGUUUUUCCAACUUUCUUUGGGUGGUGCAAGAAUAUGAACGUGCAGUGAUAUUUCGAUUGGGACGAUUGCUGCCUGGUGGUGCCAAAGGACCUGGUAUCUUUUUCGUCCUGCCUUGUAUUGAGAAUUAUACCAAAGUUGAUUUGAGAACUAUCUCAUUUGAUGUCCCACCCCAAGAGGUGCUGACAAAGGACAGCGUUACCAUUUCUGUGGAUGCCGUGGUCUAUUACCGCGUCAACAAUGCAACCAUAUCAGUUGCCAACGUGGAGAACGCUAACCACUCCACUCGACUUUUGGCUCAAACUACGCUUAGAAAUGUAUUGGGAACCAGAAACCUCUCUGAAAUCUUGUCGGAUAGAGAGACUAUCAGCCACCAGAUGCAGACUGGUUUGGAUGAAGCAACUGACCCUUGGGGUAUCAAAGUGGAACGUGUUGAAAUUAAGGAUGUACGUCUGCCAGUCCAGUUACAACGUGCCAUGGCUGCAGAGGCUGAGGCUGCUCGAGAGGCAAGAGCAAAGGUGAUUGCUGCUGAAGGAGAAAGAAAUGCAGCACGUGCUUUAAAGGAAGCAGCUGAUGUCAUCUCUGAAUCGCCGUCUGCUCUGCAGCUGCGUUACCUCCAGACUCUGAAUACCAUAUCAGCAGAGAAGAACUCCACUAUUAUAUUCCCACUGCCCAUCGAUUUAUUGAGUGGCCUGAUGAAGAAAUAAAAUACGCAAAUGUUGUCAUGGAUGGGAUGAUGACCAAGUUCAUAAUGAGAAAACCAUAUUUCUGUAGUAAUAAAAUCUUUUUAGUGUAGGAAUAUUUUUCUAUAUUUAGAAUGGCAUCUUGACAUUACCUUUGAUUACAAAUGUUUCCCUAUUAUACCAACAUGAAGUGGGUGCAACCAUUAUCAUCUAGGGAUGACAGGAGAAUUGCAGAAGGGAUGAAUAUCACAAAUUAGUUGAAAUGAUCAGGAGUAUUAUUCUUUCAUACCCUGAGAAGACGUUAUAAAAAUUGAUACCAAUCAAAUUCUUGUCAAUGUAGUCCAUGAUGUAGUUUUAAUUUCACUUCCCUCACAGAAUAAUCAACUCCCCUGUGAUUACUGAAGCUUAAAGGGUAGUAGGAUAUUCUGAGAGACAUACCGAUGCACUUUAAUAAUAAUUAAAUGUGAUCGUAGUGUAGUUUGGACUUUUAAUAUAUAGCAAAAUGAAUUUUUACUUGGUUUUAAUUUGUAAUCAACUUUGAUGUUAUUUUGUGCUUCACUUUUGUAUUACUGUACCUUUUGAGGCUUUCUUUACGAGGCUUUUUUUUAUUAGUAUUCUAAGAGCUGAUCACAUGAGGUUGCUUGUUUGUAUACAUAUUCAAAGACUGUGCAUCUAUACAUUAUUAUGCAGGUAUCAGGGUCACACUUUUCCCACAGACCGUACCCCAACACAUACCCACACAUGUAUUUCACAAAAUGAAGACAGUUAUAUAAUUAUAUUAACGACAAAUACCCAAACAUAUACAUAUUGGAACAGAGAAAUUUCAGCUACACAAACCAAGACGCAUUCUUCCAAAAAUUUCAACACGUUACCUACGCUCACCUGGAUUCGUACAUACCUGAAUGCGAACACCUGUUUAGACAAAUCCUUUGAUUUAAAUCACCUGCUAUAUGUAUAUCAUUGCAUAUACAUGUAAUAGAUAUCAGAUUAAAAGCAUACAGACACACUCAACUCUUCAUGCAUAAAAAUGUAUAUUUAUUUCUUAUUAAUCUUCACAUAAAUCGAGACUAAAAUGACAGUUGAGGCCUUUGUAUGUAUUAAAUUUCAGUAGUACAUGUACAAAUUAACUAUACUGACUGAAUAUUGAAACAAAUAUCAGUCUAUAUCUUUUUUAAAUGUUAUAGGUGUACCAAUAUCAAGUAUUCAGUGUUAAGUUAUACUUUCUAAUGUCAAGGGUCUGAGGAAGGUUCAUGAUUGUGAUCCAGUUUAAUUCUAAUUGUGCUGAAUUCUGUUUCUUUUGAUAUAUCUGCGUAAAUUAUGAAUCAUGUACUGGCUCAUAUUAUGAUACAUUCACGAUAGCAAAAAAUAUGUAAUCUAUAGCAAUAGAGAUAUUAAAACAAAUCACAACCAUUCAGCAAUGUUUUUCUUCUAUUCUCAACAAAAUUCACUAAUGUACUGUGUUUUGUAAUAUCUGAUAAUUAUUCAUAGUUAUAGCGAAUCAAAUUGAACACAUGUAAAAUAUUCUCUGUACAUUCAAUAUCCAUUUUCACAAACAUUCAUUUGGUGAUAUCAGAAAAAGAUCCACUAUGUCAGUAAACAAAUUAUCACAGCUUUUCAAAGCUUGCAAAUUAAUCAUUUGCUUUAUAAUAUAAUAAAUGUUGUGAAAUUGUGAUGUCUCGAGGGUUCUUGUAUCAUAUUCCUUUGUUGAGACUCAACUUUUUCCAGUAGUGGUUUAGUAUAUUGUACACAUUUGAUAUAUGUAAACCCUUGUAUACCCACUGAAUCACAAUAUAUAUAUAUUUAGACUCUUUGUACUAAACAAAUGUUUUUUCAUUUCAUUCACACCAUAGACAAUUUUAGAGAUCUCAGCUACCGGUACUCAACAUGUGAUCCUCUUGAUUUUGUUGCCAAAUUGAGUAAGCCCAGCUCUUACUACUAUCCAGAUGAAUAUUUUGAUGUGAUUAUUCAUGAUUGUUUUGUAUUUUGCAACGUUUAUGUGAAACAUCAUACUCUUGUAUGAUGUGAAGAGAUAUUCUGAGUUGUGGCAAUACCUGUACAGACAUAGAGGCUGAUUAGGCAAAAUAAAAUAUAUCCCAACAUUGGCAAACACUGCAUCAUGUGGAAUUGCAAAUGACUGGUUAUAAAUAACUUGCUUGGUAACCUAGCAACCAGAGAUCUCAAUACUUAUCUGUUGAUGUGUAAACCUUAUAUAGUCUUUUUUCGAAUAAAAUUAUUACAGUUCUCUAUUA